AUGACAGAUCCAUUCGUCAUUGGUGAAUAUUUCAAUUUGCUCGAAAAUACUUUAAAAGAUUUGAAUCUUUUUGAAAGUCCCCAACUCAUUUGGAACUUAGAUGAAACGUCUUUAUGCCUGGAUCCAUCCAGAACUAAAGUAUGUGGACAAAUAAAUAAACCUUGUGCGAGGUCCACCUAUGGGAGUGGAAAAGAAAAUAUCACUAUGUUGACAGGCGCAAGCGCUAAUGGCAAGAAGUUGCCGCCUUUGAUUGUAUUUAAAGGCAAAUUUGUUUGGGAUCAGUGGAUGGCUGAACUGGUUGGUGGUGAUUACGAUUUCGAAUUAUCGUAUGCAGCCAGUACUAAAGGGUGGAUGGAAACAGACAUUUUCUAUAAUUAUAUAGAAAAAGUUCUUAUCCCAAGUUUGGGCGAGGAGCGCCCGGUUCUCAUUGUUUGUGAUGGUCACUCAACUCACGUCCAUGUAAGAGUUGUGGAACUGGCAAUACGAAACCGUAUCACAAUUCUUAAACUACCGCCAUACACAUCACAUUUGCUGCAGCCUCUUGAUAUAGCAGUAUUCAAGUCAUUCAAGUCAAUAUGGAAUGCCAAACUGGUAGAGUGGCAGCGUAGAAAUGUUGGCACGAAAAUGCCAAAAAAAGUUUUCGCUCAAGCGCUGGCAGAUACUUGGAGAGAAACAAACCCCAAUAUUAUCAAAAGUGGAUUUAGAAAAGCUGGGAUUUUCUCUUUCAAUGCGCACGUGAUACCUGUGGACAAAUCUGAUCCAGAUGCAUCUAAAAGGUACCAAAAAAAGACAUUAGAAGAACAUACAAAACAUCCGAAGUCACUACAAGAAAUUUGUAUUGGCUUGUUUAACAAUCAACUUGCAACAACAAAUGAUGCUCUUGAAAAUGCAAAUACCGAUGACGUUACCUUGCUGUCGCAAAUUUCAAAGUCCAGUAUCCAAACUUUGAGUUUUGUGGCCAGACAGCCAACCCAACUACCUGCAUGUUUACAGAAAUCGUCAAACACUGAUAAGGAUACCUUGUUGUCUCUGGUAUCGAAACCUGAUAUCCAGACUUUGAGUUUUGUCGCAAAACAACCAUCCCAAAUACCUAUAUGUUUACAGAAUUCUAAUCAAACAUCAACUCAAAAUUUAUCAAAAAUAAAAAUAAUCUCGAACGUUAUCAUCAAAAAAGCACCUCCACAGUUACUUCAACGACUACCUGAGCCAUCAUGCACAUUCGAGGAACUGCUUUUAAGAAAAAUACAACAGGACAAAAAGAUAAUAAACCGACAAAAAAGAAACGUGUCACUAAAGGUGCUGAAGUGA